CAGCUACACCAGCCUCUAUGCUCCUCGCUCUUUUUUCGCCUCCCGUGGGCGCUUUUGAUCAGCGCAGUCACCUAUGGUUUGCGUUCCAUUAUGCGUUCCAUGACGUUUAGGAGGUGUGCGCUGCCUCUGGUGUUUAGAACUAUGAACCUUAGGCGACUUCCUUUCCUUUACCCCUUCGCGUUCCAGCAAUGGUGACGGAGAAAAGCCGUGUUCCAAGCCCGUGUUUUGCGACACAUCCGUUUUCAGUGUGCUAGUGGCGGUGGCGCUUGCUUGGAGGGUUUUGCUUUCCGAGGCUGAUACGGUGCAGGCCCAAGCCUUAGCCAUGGAGGUCCCUCUACCCCCAGACGGUGAGAAUAAAUAGCGAGCUGCUCUCAAUGAAAGGCUGUGUGAGAUCUACCCUGUGUGUACCGCCAUGCUGGCCAGUAGGCAGCUAAAUGGGACCAGCCCUGAUCACAGAAUGGUUAUUAUUAGUAAAUCCUAAUGGACCUUGCCUUCACCCACCCAAUACGCAUGUAAACGUUAUCUAUAAAAUAUUUUGCCAGGAAGGAUACAUUGAGAUUUAUCUCUUAUUUCAAGUAUGAGAGCAGUGUGUAUGUGGAUAUGUAACAGCAAUAUGUUUUUUUGAAAUUAUGGCAUUCCAUUAUAAUUGGGGUUUAUCACUUAUGGGAGGUGAACAUGUAACCUUGUGUUUGAGUGGAUAUCCAUGAAUCGGUUUACUAGGUAUUAAUGUGCACUUUGUUGUUAUUAUAGACUUUUAUGGUCUCAUAGUCACAUUCAUGGUUUUUGUUUGCCAAGGUAAAAAGGAUUCUCAGGAUCUGCUCUUUUGGCAGAUAUUUUGCAAUUUUGUUAUUAUUUAAAACAACUUUGUGUUCAGUAAAUGACCCGUUAAAGAACAACAGAGUUGUUCAUUAGACUCAUUUUUUUGGGUAAAUAUAAAAUGAAUUGAAACUUUAGACCGAGUAAGCUAUGUUUUUAGCUUACAAUACAAACCAAAGAAAAAAAGUUACUUGCGGACUAUUCCAAAUCCCUAUGCAUGUUAAGAUAAAUGGAGGUUUUUCGUUCCACUCCAAUGGUCAUUAGAUGUAAGCCCACCUGCCACGUCAAGUUUUGCCUUGACAUGGCAGGUGGGCUUACAUCUAAUGGCCAUUGGGACGGAAGUGAAAACCUCCAUUUAUCUUAAAAGACCACUAUAGUGCCAGGAAAUCAAACCCUCAGGGUCCCACUCCUGUGGCGCUGAAGGGGGAGGAAGGGGUUAAUCCCCUACCUUUUUUCCAGCGCUGGGCUCCCUCUGCGCUGGGGACUCUGCUCCCUCUUCUGAUGUCAUCGGCUGAAUGCACAUGCAUGGCAAGAGCCGCGCGCGCGCAUUCAGCCAGUCCAUAGGAAAGCAUUCACAAUGCUUUCCUAUAGACGCUGGCGUCUUCUCACUGUGAAAAUCAUUGCUGCUGCCCAGGAGCAGAGGGAGUCUGAUCGAAGGAUUUAAUUUUGUGUAUAUGUUUUAAAGCUUGUGUAAUUUUUACUAUGGAUUAUUGAUAAAUUACUCUUACAGGGGUAUGAAACCUUUGUCAAUCCAGAUGUUGUGGACUACAUCUCCCUAAAUGCUCUUAUAGCCAGAAUGCUGGCAAAGCAUCAGGGGAUAUGUAGUCCACAACAUCUGGAGUGACGAAGCUUGCCUACCUAGAUAAGUGGAAUUCCUGUUGCCUGACGCAAAGACAUAUAGUUCAAGACAGGCAGGUAGGCUUUUUGUUUUUAGCCCUUCUAUGGGUUAGUGGACGGGCUGCUACAGGGAGCAUGGGGCUGCACAUUGCUAGGGGCUGAGUGCCUGAAACUCUUCAUGGCCUGCCUGUCUUAUUGUAAGGUGCCUACUUAUUUUUUUGGCUGGAUCAAGCUGCUGACCAUUCCCUCUGCCCUACCCUCUAGAUCCACAUUAUGCCAGAGGCUUUGUGUAUCGGGUGGGACAUAUUUCAUGUCUGCUCCAUGAUUGGCUGGAGACGGGGAGUCACACAUUGGGAAGAACAACAAUAUGGAGAUUGGGGGCAGACACACUAACUUGUGAGUCAGGGGCAGGUACAGUAAAGGGGGAGGGUCAUAGGCACUUAGGGGCAGGGAAAAAAAUGGGAGUGGGUCUGCCAUGGGUAUACUAAUGGGGGUGGAAUAGAGGCAGGGGCCUAAAUGGUAGUUGGCUAGAGGCUGUUACGCAAUGGGGGAAGCUUGAUGUAAGGACACUAAUGGGGCGAGUUAUCAGCAGAGACACCACCAGUGGAAGGGAUGGAUUAGAUACAGUAUUGGUGGGGUAGAAAGGCAAAGACCAACUGGGCAGAUCACACAGUCAGUCCACACCAAAUACCUGGCACACAGCCUGCACAUUCAUGCUCCUUAUAUUGGGACAGACUGUGAAACAGUCAGUGAUUUUUCCAUAUUAAAUAUGAAUGUAUAAACUGAGGUAAAAAUGUGUUACUAUGUUUGUGUUGGAGAAAAUUCUAAAUCAGCUUUUUUUUUCUUUUUUUUUCCUAGUUUUUUUUUCCAUUUAGAUUUAAUUGGUGAAAUUUGUAAGUUUAGUGAAUAAUCCUGCCUAUGACCAGGGCUCUAGGCAGGUAACCAAUCUGAAAUUGUCACGGCAUGUUGAUUGCCAUGGUGGACAAGUAGAUUGGGCUACCAUUUUAAUUGCCAAGACAAGUAAAUGGUUUGGUUUUUUUACCCUUGCUACACCUGCUUUAGUGAGUUACCCUGUUAAAGUGGAUUUUUCAAUUUGGGAUGUUCUCUGUAAAGAUCCUGGAAGGUGACCUCCCUGCUUGAUGUGCAGUGGUCUUAGGGGUACAGCAGAAGGGAGUUGAACUAACCUGAAGCUCUUCUCUGUGGGGGCCUCAAUCUCUGUAGCUCUUGGCAUUUCAUUUGCCAAGAUCUGCAUCAGUGAUAUACUCUUGGACAUGUGGGAUUCUCCAUAGACCAAUUCUUGUGAUGCCCAAGAAAAAGCAUUUCCUUGAUGUGGGACUUGAUAAAAGCUGAUGGGGUCUCUGCAUAAUUUACAAAGAGCCCUGAAGUUGAGUGCUCAGCAUCUAGUUUGGUGGCCAAAGGGUGCAGGGGAAGGAGAGUUAUAUUUACCUGAACCUGUUUCGGCUGGUACUAUCUUAAUCAGCUGCCAGGAACUGAUGUCAGUGUUGUACUCACACUAAUAGUAGUAAGCAUGAAGUAAUAUUUAUUCUCACAUAUAUUUUACAAAUUUUAGAUUGACAUUUUUUUUUCUUUUCUUUCUCUACACAGAUCAGGAAUUGCGUAAUGUCAUUGACAAACUGGCUCAGUUCGUGGCUCGGAAUGGACCUGAAUUUGAGAAUAUGACUAUGGAGAAGCAGAAAGACAACCCAAAAUUUUCAUUCCUUUUUGGAGGAGAAUUCUACAACUACUACAAAUGUAAACUUGCUCUGGAACAGCAGCAACGUAUGUUCCAUUCUGCUGUCAAUAUCACCAGCCAGUUAAAUUAUCAAAACUUUACAUGGUGAUAUGUUAGGUUUAUUUCUGUUUGUAAUUUUGAGAUAUUAUCAGGCAGCUUCCAGCCUCAUAAUAACAAACAAUUACGACAACUCUGUUUACUGUCCGUGUAAAGUAUAAAAAUCCGUUUGUAUAGUGCAGGGCUUCAAGGGACUCGCCAUUAAUUAAACUUAAAUUAAAUUAAGAAAAUUAAAAUCCCUGUUUAGUAAAAAUAUAACAAAUUAAAACAUGCAUUCAUUUAAUUACACAUUUUUAAUUUGGGGACAUUUCUGAAAACAGCUUGCAAAAGCUGCAUAUAUCUUGCUUGAAGCAUUUGCAAGCUCUCCUCUUCUAACACCGCCCUUUUAAAUUUGAGGUCUGAUGUUACUAAUUACACCUUAAGUUACUCACCACUGGAACUCGUUUGCUUACGAGGGGUGAAUUUGUACUCGUUAGUGCUAAAUUUAAACUUGCUAGUGGCGUGUGGAGAUUUUAAUCCCUGGCGUAGUGCUUACAUGAUUGCAAGAAAUUGGGUAACUCAAACAAAAACAAAAAAAUAUAUAUUUCUUUGAUAAUAAUCUGUUGGGGACAUAUCCAUUUUUAAGACUGAACUCUUUACUAAGACUUUAGCCUUGCUUAAACAAUCUAAAUAAGUAAAUGGAGUCAACAUGGGGAAUUUAUUUCUAUAUGAUGUAUAGUAGCUAAAAAGAUCACUGUUUCUCCUAAAUAUUUCACAAACUAAGGCCCCAUGCUCUGUUUAAGUUGGAGAAAUUUCACCAGACCUGAGUUGCUGGCAAUUCUCUCUCUCCUUCUCCUUCUUUUGGUUCAAGGCAUUGUUUGUGAGAAAUGCUGACAGCAAAUGUGCCCUGCCAUUCACAUGGUUAAAGGAAUGUAUUAACAUUAAAAAUAUAUUAUAUUAAGAAUUAUUAUUAUGUAAUAUAUUAACAUUAAUAAUGUUAUAUUUAAGCUCUAUUAAGUCGUCGUCCCCCGUUUUUUUUUUUUUUACAUUUUUUUUAUUUAAAUGAAAAGGACAAUUAAAUUUACCUACAAUCCAGUCCGAGCCUCUCUGCAGCUAUUAUGCCUUCUGUGAGAAGUUGUGAUGACAUCAAUUCAAUCUUCUCAUACGGAAAAUACAGGAAAUUGCCCCAGUCAAUCCAGUGCUGCUCCAUGAGAAGCAUUAAAUCUAAUACUACUUCAUGAGAAACCUUGGACAUUUAAUGUGAAGAAAUUUGAUUUGAAAAAAAUUUCUAAAAUUGCAAGUAUAAUGGACCUUUGAAAUGUUAAUCAAAAUUCAGGAUAUUUUGCUAAAUUUUUAUUCAGAGAUGUCACAACUAAUAUAAAGUUAGUUUGCAGUUUAGGUUAUUGGUGAUGAGUUAUGGUUAUGUUGCCCUUUAUAUCCCAUUAGGUUACUUGAAAUGUGUUGGGGUAGAAUUGUUCGGGUACCUUGCACCCGGUUCACACAGAGGUGUUAAUACUUGCUGAAAAAUCAUUUGUGAUGAGGAAAAAGAAGACUUCAAGAAAAUGCAAGGGGAAAACUAAGAAUAGCAGCAUAUUGAAAGCAAGAAUACGUCACCAGAAAAAAACAUAACCCAACUUAUAUAGAAUUGUAGUCAGUCUUUAUAGGCAACAUUACCUUUUCCUUCACUUUUAUCAGUCUCCCCUAAUCCCGCCCUCUCUCUAGGUCUGUGUCUCUUUUAGACUAUGCUGGAUGUUUCCCGUCUUGUCGUGGGUUGGCCUGGACAUUUUGUUCCUUUUGCUAUGUCGGUCUCCUCAGCUUCUGCUGGGGUAGGUUUUAUAUUAUAUUAGGUUUCUUGUACUCAAGAGGAGGGGGCAAAGUUCUCCCUCCUUAGAUCUCAACUGUCAGAGUGCACAAUAAAUCAUACCAUACCAGUACAACAUAAAAUAAACAUUAAAAGGACACUAUAGUCACCAGAACAACUACAGCUUAUUACAUUUGUUCUGGCGAGUAAAAUCAUUACCUUCAGGCUUUUUGUUGUAAACACUGUAUUUUCAGAGAAAAUGCAGUGUUUACAUUACAGCCUAGUGAUAACUUCACUGGCCACUCCUCAGAUAGCUGUUAGAGAUCCUUCCUGGGUUAUGGCUGCCUAAAAUGCAUCCAAACAUUCAGUGCCUCCUCCUUCUGCAUGCAGACAUUGAACUUUCCUCAUAGAGAUUCAUUGAUUUAAUUCAUCUCUAUGAGGAGAUGCUGAUUGGCCAGGGCAGUGUUUGAAUUGUGCUGGCUCUGCCCCGAUCUGCCUCCUUGUCAGUCUCAGCCAAUCAAAGGGGAAGCAUUGUGAUUGGAUCAGGCUACCACUUCUGAUGAUGUCAGCAGACAGCUUGGUUUUCUGAGGCAAACAGCAUGUGAAGCUACAGCUUCAGGUUUGAAUACAAGUAAGAUUUUGCUAUAUUUAUGGAGGCAUGAGGAGCCUAGGGCUGCUAGAUGGUGGUUUUAACACUAUAAGGUCAGGAAUACAUGUUUGUGUUCCUGACCCUAUAGUGAUCCUUUAAGAUUCAGCCCUAUAAAAGUGAAGCCUAUGCUGCUCUGACCUACUUAUCCUCACUAAUACACAAAUAUGUCCCAUCUAGGCCCCUACGCUCUGCCAGAGACCUACGUUUUAACCUCUGUUCGUACUCCUACCUCUGAUGCUCGCCUUAAAGACUUCUCUACGGCUCCACCAUUCCUAUGACACGCCCUUCAUCUCUCUGUUAGACUUUCACUCUCCAGUCCUUCAAAAAAUCUUUGAAAACUUCUUUAGGAAAGCAUAUCAAUUAAACUGGGAACAGCUUUCCCUCCCCGUGCCCUGAUUUCUCUCCUGAAACUGUCAUCAAAACAAAACACUAAGCCCUCAAUGAAUACUAUCCUAGCAACCUAAUUUUCUACCCUACCCUUACCUUUUGUGUCAUAUUACCCCACUCCCUCUAGGAUGUAAGCUCAUCGAGCAGGGCCCUGCUCUGUUCCUGUGUGUCCAACUCGUCUGGUUACAAAUACUUGUCUGUUAGUCCACCCAUUGUGCAAUGCUACGGUACUUGUUUGCGCUUUCUAAAUAAUAAUAAGUAACUGGCUUUCAAGGGGGUGUGUGUGGGUUUUAUCUAAACAUUGCUUUGUUUUUAUACCCUAUCAGGGCUGGUAAAGUUAUUACGUGAGGCAGUCCUCCCUCCCUCUAUAUCUCACCAUUGGGCCAGGCCUCUAAUGUGGGUGUACCCAAGGUGACUUUGCAUAAUGUAUAACAGAGUGGCUUUGUUCCCUUUGGAGGGUGCCUAGUCUCAAGUCACAGGGCUAUAUUUUGACUUUCUUUAUUUUUGUAGUGCAGUGAAUGACAAACAAGCUUGUAAUGCCAUAUACACAAGAUUAUAAUACGACCAGUAAAGGGGAGACGGGGGCCUCGGGCUAACGGGGUUCCCCACGGGUAUGUCUCAACUUAGGGAGUAAGAACCGUCGCUCCCUCGCUUUCCCCCUCGGCUCCCCCUUCAGCUAUCUCCCCCCUUUCCUACUUCUUACCUCUCCCCCUCUUCUUCCCUCUAUCUUUUCAUUUUCUCACCCCUAGAUAAACCAAAAAUGAGACAGUACUUGCCUGCAAAGAAAGGAGCAGAGGAAAUGAGACCACUGCUAGCAGGAACAGACAAACAAAAAGAAUUAAAUGGCAAAGGAAUGGGUGCGGCAACAAAAAACAAACAUUUAAAGAAAUCCAGGAGACUGGGUAUAGGAACAGAAUAAAGGAAUGAUCCCACAAAACCCAGCAUACAGCAAACCAGACACAGAAUAGAAAGCAGAAAAACUAAACAAGAAUUGUAAAAAGAGUACUGGAUAUCAGAAGCCAAGGCCAGAUAUAUCUGCAGAAUUGAACGGAACGUGACACCUCCCCCCAGGUUUUUACUGGGAACGAAGGGGGGACAUAUAACUAAUAUGGAGUGUCUACAGCGGUAUUCCUGACUAUAGUGUCAGUAAUACAGCUUAGUAAAAGCUAAACAUUAUUAAACAAGAUUAAAAUAAACUACUUGACUAAAUUGUCACUUUAAGUUUGUUUUUUUUCUUUAAAGUGUCACAUAUUAAACUGCUGCUCAGGUAAAACUUGUCAUACUAAAUAUAGGACAUAGAAAGGUUGUCACUGCGAUCUGCACACACUGUACUUAAAGAUUGCUUGUUUCACUACUUUUGAGCCUUGUUCGAGAUCCUUCCUGGGUUAUGGCUGCCUAAAAUGCAUCCAAACAUUCAGUGUCUCCUCCUUCUGCUGUUUCAUGCUUUUGUUAUCUCUCUGCCUAACUGUUUCUCCUCAGAAUAGAGACAAGAACUAGAGGGAUUGGCUGUUGCUAUGUAUAGUUUUGCUUUGGUUUGCAGUGCAAAAUUAAACUUAGCUUGUGUAUACAUGAUUGUGUGGGUUUAAAAUUGAGCAGUGUGUGUUUUAUGAAAAGUGACCUUGUAAAACAGAUGCAUGUUGUAUCUUCCUGUCGAAGGUUUGCAGGUUUCAUUAUUUUUUUUUUUAUAGGUUUAUUUCUGAAAAUAGCAACAUUUUAUUGUACAUUGAAAUUAAAUUUGCAACUGCCAGAGACGUGUAUUUUGCUUCUAAUAUGCAUUCUCUUUUUAUCACAGUUCUGUGCAAGCAGGCUCAGGACUUGGAGCCCAAAGCACAAAUUGCCACCAUCACUACUAUACCCACCAUCCCACCACCUACAUUACCUCCACCUCCUACUCUUGUAGUACCACCACAGGGUGCCCCACCAAUUGAGGAUCUUAUUCAGCAGAGCCAGUGGAAUGUCCAACAGCAGGAACAGCAACUCCUCUCAAUUAGACAGGUAGGAGAACAAUUUCUCAAAGUAUAUGCAGUUUUCACCUGCUAAUUUAAAGUCUCCCAGUAGAUUAUGAUUUCAAUCUUCUAUAUUGUCCGGUAUAGGAGCAAAUCACAUCUGCAGUGGCACAUGCAGCUGAACAACAGAUGCAGAAUCUUCGAGAAGAGACCCAACUUGAUAUGACUGAAUUUGACAACUUGCUGCAGCCCAUAAUUGACACCUGCACAAAGGAUGCAAUAUCUGUGAGUAGCUUUUGUUUUUACCAUUUCCCUGACAUACGUAAAUUAAAAAAUGUUUUGUUUUUUUUGUUGUUUUUUUUGUCUCUUGCACACUUGACUUUUUGUUUGGAGUCUAGCUAGAACAAGCAUGUCAAACUCAAAGGCUAACACGGGCCAAAUGAACAAGGUUUAAGUUCAUGUGGGCUGCAAAAAACAAUAACUACCAUAUAACUGACACUGGACUUCCAUGCGUUCGUAGGGCUUCAAAGUAAACGAAAGAGUGAAUUUAUUUUAAGGAGAUGUGCAUUUGCAUAUAAUCAAUGUUUCAGUCCAACUACCUUGAAAUAUUGAAAAAAGUUUAAUGAAAUGGUGAAUGUAUGAUGUUGCACAGCUUAAAAAAAAAAACAAAAAAAAAAACAACAAAUGACAUUAUCUUGUUGAUUUUGAAGUCCUAUGAGUGUGUUCUUCACUUUGGCCGAUCAUCAAACUUGGUGAUCUCAGACGAUCGAAUGCUUUCCCGUAGGAAAGCAUUGGGAGACUAUUGUGCAUGUGUGGCUAAUCAGCAACUCCACAGGGAACGUUCAGCUCCUCCAUGCAGACCAAGUCUAAUAAACUGCCCCUUCCCCCAUUCUGAUACUGUCCCCCCUAACUCCACUCUAAUACACUGCCCCUUAAUCUAACACGCUAUCCCUCCUCCCUGCACUCUAAUUGAAUAAACUGCCCUCCCCCAAUUUAAUACACUGCCCUCCUCCCUUCCCAAAUUUAAUACACUGCCUUCCCCCAAUGUAACACACUGCCCCCUCCCACCUCUCUAAUACACUGCCACCCUCCUUCCCCCAAAUUAAUAUAUUUCCCUACCAUCCUCCAGUUCCAGCUCUGCUCAAGCAGACCAGCCUCUCCUCUAGCACUGCGAGCAGGAGGGAAGGGGAAGUGGCUGGACUGCUCUGCAGACAGACAGCCACUCUGCUGUCUUGUGUCCAUGGGAGGGAAGACAAGAAGCAGGCAGGACAUAUCUUUCCUGUCUUGCGGCUGGUCUCAGCCACAGUACAAAGCUGCCCAAGGGCAGGUGGGCCGCAAAUAUAUUCAUUGUGGGCCGCAAUUUUGACCAGCAUGAGCUAGAGCACAGUGUGUUUUCUAAUCACCAUUUUUUUUUUUGUCCAUCCAUGAUUUCUAAAUGAACUGGUGGAUUGUUACUUUCUAACGUUCAACCUGUUAAACAGAUUGCGACACGAAUGCUUGUCUACAUCAAUGAUGGCAAGAUUUUUAUGUAACAGUAGCAAGCUCCCAAUGAUCAUGUUAUUUUUUAUUUCAGUUUUGUCUCACUUUGAUUCCUAUUACAUUGUCACUUUUACAAACAUCCAAGUUAUAUUCAUUAGUCAGUUUAAAUUACUCGUGCUAACUUUCAAUGUCUACACUUAACAUUGUGAAAUUGCAAAUUACUCUUCUCCUAUAUCAGUGCCAGUUACAUAAUAUCUUUCUUUGUAAAUAUAUGCUUAGGCUGGAAAGAACUGGAUGUUCAGCAAUGCAAAGUCUCCACAGCACUGUGAGCUAAUGGCUGGACAUCUCCGCAACCGCAUCACAGCGGAAGGGGCACACUUUGAAUUGCGAUUACACCUAAUCUAUUUGACCAACGACGUGCUGCAUCAUUGGUAAGGAAUUUCGAGAUUUUCUGAAGUUAUCGUAGACUAGUCAUUUGUACAAUGGGGCAGCUGCCACUCAAAACUUUAUAUUUUGUGAAACUGUUUUACUAAGAAGAAUUUUGUCAUUUUCAGGUAUAUUCUGGGAUGCUCAGACAAUGCUCAGAUAAUGCAGAUAACAUUCAGGUUUACACAAUUAAAAGAAAACCAAAAUAAUCAUUAGCAAGUUUGCUUGAUAGGAGAUACUUAAAGUAGGUCAAAUCACCCCCACACACGAUCAGUCUUCUAUAUACAUACACACAAAAAUGUUCACUAAUGAAUAAAUAUAAUGCAAACAUUAUUUUGCUUUUGUAUCACUGGAUUAAUAUAAGUCUUAAAGGGACACUAUAGUCCCCAGAACAACUACAACUUAAUCUUGUUGUUAUGGUGUCUACAGUCUAUCUCUGUAGGUUUUUUAAUGUAAACAUUACCUUUUCACAGAAUAGGAAGUGUUUACAUUCCUGACUAGGAACACCUCUUGUGGCAGAACGCUCCCCAUAGAGAUGCAUUGGUUCAAUGCAUCUCUAUGAGCAGGUGCAGAUUGGCCAGCAUGGCCUGCCAAUGCUUUUCUAUAGGAAAGCAUUGGAUUGGGUGAGAUCGUCAAGUUUGAUCUCAGCCAAAAAGGCGUAGCGGGGCCAGCCAUGACAACACUGGCGCGGUGCUGGAAGAAAGAUGAGUAAUAUCUGUAGGCCUAAACUGUAGUUUUACAACUAUAGUGUCAGGAAUACAUUUUCUUUUUAAGCAUUGUUAUAUGUAACAAUCUUUUUUUUAAUUUUAAUUAAUUUAUUUUCACUAGUCAGCGAAAACAGGCACGGGAGCUGCUAGCUGCCCUUCAGAAAGUUGUUGUUCCCAUCUAUUGUACCAGCUUCCUAGCAGUGGAGGAGGAUAAGCAGCAGAAGAUUGCACGGGUGAGUUAGCAAGUGUCAGUCUUAAAAAAAAAAACAAACAAAAAAAAAAAUAUUAAAAAAAAAUUGUGACAUGGUACUUUGAUCUAUAUGAUAAUAUGUAUAAACCUUAAAAAAAAAAAAAACAGAACAAAUGGGUCAAGAACUCAUGAAAUAAUUACUCAAUAAAGGUACAAUUUUAGUAGUUAAAUAGAUAUAUUUGUGUUUCACUCAAGCUGCUUCAACUCUGGGAAAAAAAUGGAUACUUUGAUGAAGCCACAAUCCAGCAAUUACAGAGCCCUGCACUUGGAUUAGGACAGCAUCAGGUAAGCCCUCACCAACAAUUUUGUUUGCAAAAAAUAACACAGUGACUCACUAGACAAAUCUUUUUGCUGUGUGGUAGCCUAUCAAGUGACCAAAGUGUUGUUGCCAAGACUUAGUCAUUAGCCAAGGCUUAAUGCAAGAGUGAAACAAGUGUGUUUUAUUGGCGUGAAUAUCACUUUUUUAUACCUGGGUCCACCGCAGGGGAUCAGCAGGAGAACAAUGACAUUGUGCAAUACCUGGAGCCUAAGUGUCCGUACCUGAUGAGAUAAUUUUAUUAAUGACCAGACACCUCGGCGCCAAACAAUAUUUCACCCUGAAAACCUGGGUUCCUGUACCCAUAUCGCAUCAGAGGUGUCUAGCCUGAGUAGUCUGGAUGAUAAAUGAUCAUCCUCCAAUCCGGCACAGUGUUCAAUAGUGCUGGGUGGCAAGUCCUUGUCACUUUUGAUGACACCGUUCAUUGCAGGAACCUGAAGCUCCCUCCAGUUUUGGGUGUCGUUUGAUGCCUUAACACCUCCUCUAUCGCCCCUCCAUAUAGUGCCCUGUUUGAUCCUUGGACUGAGAGCGACCUCAAUAAAGUUUGACCAGAUUGCUGCAAUUCUGCAAUCCAAUCUGGUAUAACAGGGGAUUUCCAGGUUGUGCCUGGUCAGGUGCGCCGUUCCUCUGAUUGUUUCCCGCUGGUCUCUGAUGUCCUCUGCGCUGCUGGAUAGGAGCAUUGGACUAAGAGGCACAGUCUGGAGGUGGAAUAAACAUGUGAUAAUAGACCUUUUUGGGAGAAAGUACUGGCUGGGAUCCAUGUACAAGUCCUGAGUGUUGCAGCAGCUGUUGCAUGCCGCAACCAGCUGCAAAUCUAAAAUACUUGACUAUGGCAGCAAAAAACGAAAUCUUCUUUACCUAAAAUAUUGAACAGUGUCCUGCAUGAGAUAAUCAUUUAAUUAUUGAGAGAAAGUUGUACCCACAAAAAAUAAGUCAAACCUGGUUGGUAUCCAAAGACGCAAGUUCCAAAGCUUACCCACAAAAAAUAAGUCAAACCUGGUUGGUAUCCAAAGACGCAAGUUCCAAAGCUUACCAUUUCAUAUAUAUUAUUUUGUCUUUAUGUUGAGAGGUUUCCAUCCACUCAUAGUAAAAGAAAAUAGUCUAUCCUAAAAUCAAAAUGAUCGAGAAACAUUAUAAAGCUUUUCUAGCAGUAUCCCACAGAGAAUGGAACAGUACUUUAUGUCCUUAUUGCACUCUUGAUAUUUUGAGCUCAAGAUUGUUUGCAAGGAUGCCUAAACAGGCCAAUCAGAAGUGUAAACUGAGUAGAAAGAGACUUCCAUAGACUGAAAUAAAUCCGCUUUGGGAUUCACAUUUAGACAGUUGCUUUCUGCGACCCCUGUUGUAAUACAAAGACGUGGGGUACAAUUGGAUAAAUAGGAGACUCAAUAAAAUUUCCAUGUAUUGGGUAUAAAGGAUAUAUUUAUAAAUGUCUGUCGCUUUUAUCAAAACUUGUAUAUCAAGGUGACGGAAGUUUUUAGGUCAGGAGGACUAGAUCUUGUGAAUUAGAUGUCCAAUUUAAUUCUGAUACAGUCUAUGGUUGACGUAUUGUGCAUGUCAUUGGUGGGGUGUAGAUAGUUUGAGGUCUAAAUAGGAAAGCAGUCAGGCUUUAAACAAUGAGAAAGGAUGGACAAUUAUGAGAUCGGGUUCAAGAAUUUUGAGUCUAUUGAUAGGCUUGGACAUCUUAGGAGAGUACCAUAAAAUGUUGAAGACAGUCGGGCAUUUUCUAGAUAUUAGCUAUGUUUUUUGGGGGGAAUUUUAAAGUAAUAAACCUACCAUAUAGUUUUUUUAGCAUUCUGCAGUGACUUACUUGUGUCCUGUCUCCUGUUUCUUGUUCCUGUGCUUAGGCUGCUUUAUUAGCUGAAUAUUCAAAUGUGGUUCAGCCUAUACUUGUAGCCUUCCAGCAGCAGAUCCAAACCUUAAAGACCCAACAGGAAGAGUUUGUGGCUGGACUGAAACAGCAGCAGCAACAAAUCCAGAUUGCUGUAAUGGAGCCUAUUCCAGAGCCCCCCGCUCCACCACCAGCCCCCGUCCCUGCUCCUGCCCCUGCUCAAGUGGCGCCUCCAGGUAAUGGAUGCCUACUUUUUCAAUCUGGAAUUUUCUCCUGUUUUAUUUAUUUAUUUAUUUUUCCAAUUUUUGUUACUCAUAUUCCUGUCACUUACAGAGGAAGUGCAACCUGCCAUAACUCCAGCUGAAUUUGAAUCUCCUCCUCCUGGCAAUGUACAAGAUCCCACUACUGGAGGGACUCGAGGCCCAGCUCCCCAUGAGCAGAUCCCUCCUAACAAACCACCUUGGUUUGAGCAGCCACAGCCCAUUGCGCCCUGGGGUCAACAACAGGUAAUGUUAGCUAAACAGCACUUCUUAGUCUAAGUUUGACCUCAAACUCAGUGAAGUGGUCUGGGUGCUAUGUCCCUGUCUGUUCAAGUCUGCAAUGUAAAACAUUGCAGGGUUUAAAUGCCUCUAGUGGCUGUUAUAUUUAGAGCACUAGUGGAGCUUCCACAUAGGAUAGCAAAGUUCAGCUCUACGAGACAAUCUGAUUGGCGCAGCAUGGUCACACAUGUACACUAGCCUCCAAAUGCUUUCCUAUGGAAAGCGUUGGAUUGGCCGAGGUCAUUGAUAUCUAUUACCUCAGCCAAGGAGGCGGGACUGAAGCGCAGAGGAUGGUACUGCAAGGGAGAAAGGGUAAGUUAAAAAUGCCAUUUCUACUCCUUAUGUGGGAGGGAGUGGGGCCGGGACCUAAAACUGACAAGGAUCUAUAGCAUUAGGAAUCCUUAAAUAUAUUCCUAGCACUAUGGUGUUAUUUUAAGAAUGUAAAAGAAUACAAAUGCAGAAAUGCAUUUCUCUUUAUGGUUAAAAAACUGAAAUAUGUUUGUUUCAUUUGGAUGAUUUAUAAGCAAUACUAUCUCAAUCGUGGAAAUCUUGAAAAAAGUUAAGACUUUGUUUUUAUUAUCAAUCUACUAAUAAGAUAUAUAUCAUAUAGAACAGUAUGGGAGAGGUGUGAAUUAUAUGCAAGUAGAAUACAAAUAUUAAAGGGACACUAUAGUCACCAGAACAAAUACAGCUUAUUGUAUUAUGGUUAAACAAGUCCAUUCAGCCCUUUUCCAGUAAACAUUGUCUUUUCAGAGAAAAAGCAGUCUUUACAUUGCACCUUAGGGAUCCCCCCAGUGGCCACAACACAGAUGGCUACUAAAGGUGCUUCCUAGGGCUGUGCUGCACUACCGCUCAGCAUCUCUAUGCUCUGCAAAGAGACGUGAAACUUUCCUAAUAGAGAUGCAUUGAUUCCUGAACCUAUAUCAGUGGUUCCCUGCCAAGUCCUCAAGUACCCCCUAACAGUCCAGGAUUUAGGGAAUCCCAAGUUGUGUCUAAGGUGUUUUCCUUAAAUCCUGACUGUACUUGAGGACUGGGUUGGGAACCCCUGCCUUAUAGCAUUCCUUUAUCAUUUGAUGUUAACUACAUAUUUAUUUAAUACAUGUAUAUAUUUAGUCGUAGGUGUAGGAAUAUAAAGGAAAAACUGUUGUAAACAUAACAUUUAAAAGCAGAUAAGUGAAUAUUUAAGUUGGUGUAGCUAGUCUAAUGUGACCUCAAGUAGUCCAUAAAAUAAUGCUAAAAACUCAGAUUUCAACAGGGGUCCACUACCAGUGAAACCUUUUUCCCCUGGAGGCAAAGAUUCAUGCCAAUAUAACUGGCAUAAGAUACCCACUGAACAUAAACUUUAUCUGCAUUUUCUUAAUAGUGGGUGUUCAGACAUGGGAACUUAGAUGUGGGUGAGUGUGUAUUGAUCAGUUAGUGAAGGAUGAAGAACAAGUGGCAAAUAUCCUCAAGGGAAGUAGACAUUAUUUUUAAAGACCACUUCAGGUGGGCAUACAUUUAAUGUGUUUUCAUUUUUUUAUGCAGUCGUGUGAACAACCACCUUUUCCUCACCAUCCAGCUCCACCUCACUGCCCACCAUGGAAUAAUAGCCAUGAAGGCAUGUGGAACGAGCAACGGGAUCCAAAUUGGAACAAUGAACCUGAACCAGCAUGGAACAGUCAACGAGAACCACCCUGGAACAAUCAGUUUGAUGCUCCUUGGAGCAAUCAGCAUGAACAGCCGCCCUGGGGUGGUGGAGGGGCCCAAAGAGAUCCUCACUUUAGAAUGCAGCGUCCACCUCAUUUCCGAGGACCUUUCCCACCUCAUCAACAACAUCCACCUCAAUUUAAUCAGCCUCCUCAUCCCCAUAACUUCAAUCGUUUCCCACCACGUUUUAUGCAGGAAGACUUUCCUCCUCGACAUCCAUUUGAGAGACCACCGUUCCCUCAUCGAUUUGAUUAUCCUCAGGGUGAAUUCCCUGCAGGUAAGAUAAAAACCUCUGUAUUGUUACAUAAAUGUUUUUUUGUUUUUUGUUUUUAUUAUAAAUGGCAUACAUUUCUCAUUAGCCUGAAGUUAUAAUGCAGGCAUAAAGAUUGUAGAUUUUUAUACUAAAGCUGGAGUGUUUCAUUAAAAUAAUACCAAGUGAGUUAAUUGUUAAAAUGCUUGAUUAAUAUGAAUGGUGCUCAUGUACCUGUAGUAAGGUAUAGCUUGUGCCUGCAGUAAGGUACUAUGUAGCUUAAAGGGACACUAUAGUCACCAAAACAACUUUAGCUUAUUGAAGCAGUUUUGGUGUAUAGAUCAUUUCCCUGCAGUGUCACUGCUCAAUUCUCUGCCAUUUAGGAGUUAAAUCACUUUAUUCAUGCACCCUAGUCACACCUCCCCGCAUGUGACUUGUACAGCCUUCCUAAACACUUCCUGUAAAGAGUCAGCUAAUGUUUACACUUCCUUCAUUGCAAAUUCUAUUUAAUUUAAAAUGUAUUAUCCCCUGCACUGUUGAUAGCUAGCUAGACCCCACAGAAGCAUUCUGUGUAUGAUUAAAGUUCACUUUAGAGAGCAGGCAAUAAUAACUUUCAAAGUUAGUUACAUCUAAUUGAAAGUUAAACCAUUUUUUUUUUCUAUUUUCAUGCAUGGUGUGUGCGUCACAGCCAGGGGAGGUGUGACUGGGGCUGCAUGGACAGAAACAAAAGGGAUUAAACUCCUAAAUUGCAAAGAUUUGAGCAGUGAGACUGCAGGAUCAUGAUCUAUACACUAAAACGGCUUCCUUAAGCUAAUGUUGUUUUGGUGACUAUAGUGUCCCUUUAAGGAAAAACUUGCAACAAAUAUAUGAAGCAAUUAUGCUCCCACAUAUAUUAGAAUGGAAUAUUUAUAACCAUGGAGAUAACAUGUGGAUAGAGCAGGAACAAACCUCCAGUAAUCUCUCUGACCUUAAAUUAUUAUACUGGGUUGAUAUCCUGACAUUUAACAAAUUAAAAAUAAAGUAAUUGUUGAUAUUUUUUUCUAAUAUGCAAAUGUUUAAAAGAAAAUGAAGGAUUAAUGAACAACUUACAAAAUCACCAAUAGCAAUAUUGCAGAUGUAUUUUGAGGAUAUCAGUAAAAGAAAAAUGGAAGGAGAACGGUCUGGUAAGAUUAGCUGAUAUAUUAAAUACAGAUCUGCAUAUAAAAUCGUUUCAACAGAUUCUUACAAAAAUAAAAGGGUUUGAUAAAGAACAAUUUUCAUAUUUUAGAAUCAAAUGCUUCAUACAAACUAACCUAAUUAAUAAUACUUCAGAUAUAAAUUGUUGGAAAUAGAAUAUAAAUGGAAUAUGGUCUCAAAAAUAAAGUUAUACAUAAAAGGUACAAUAAGGAUAAAAUUAAAUCAAUGUUGAAAUGGAAAAUUAGGUUGUGAGUUCUCAUUGGAUCAGUGGUUGGAAUCGUUUUUUUUCUGCUUAAGAAGGCGAUACAUUGCAUACGUUUAUAUGAACUACAGAUUAAAUUAGUUCAUAGGUGGUAUAUGGUUCCAGCAAAAGUAGCAAGAUUUCACUCCCUUACUGACUCAGUUUGUUGGAGAUGUCUCAGCAACAAGGGAACACAGAAACAUAUUUGGCGGGAUUGUUAAAUUCUUAACAUGUUGAAGAAGCAAGCAGUAUCUAGGAAAACAAACGUUUUUAGAAUGACAUUAAUUAACAUUUCUCCUCAAUUGUUUUUGUUACAUAUGGAAAUAACUACCAAAAAUAAAUCUUUAAAACUCCUAAUUGUAUAUAUAUUAAUGACAACUAAAAUCUGCAUAGCGAGGUAUUGGAAAUCAGUAAAUAUUCCUUCAUGGAGAGAGGUGGAAUCCAAGAUAGGAUAUCCGUAACAAAUGGAGAAACCCAGAAUUAUUAGAGAUAAUUUAUUGGAUAAAUACAUUUCUGAUGGUAAAAAAAAAAAGAAAAAACUUGAUGCAUAGUAGCAUAUAGCAACAAAUAUUUACAUUAUUAUUGAGACAAAGGUAACAAGAUGUAGGAUAUUGAUUUGUGCAGUAUUACAAAAAGUUGAAUGAUUCUUGAGAGAAAAUGUAAGUAAUUGUCAUGUCUUUUAUCUCUAGACAUGGGCCCACCCCACCACCACCAGGGCCACAGGAUGCCACAUCCCAAUAUGAAUGAACAUCCACCAUGGGGAGGACCGCAGCACCAAGAUUUUGGUCCACCACCACAUGGAUUUAAUGGACAACCACCUCACAUGCGCAGGCAGGGUCCUCCACAUGUCAAUCAUGAUGACCCUAGCUUGGUGCCCAAUGUGCCCUAUUUUGAUCUACCUGCUGGGCUAAUGGCCCCUCUUGUGAAGGUAGGUAGUAUUUCUUGCUUUAUGUGAUAUUGUUGCAAACGCUGCAGGAGCCAACACUGUUAUAUUAUUUCUUUUUCUUUUUGGCUCGAGUCAAUAACUUUCUGUCCGAGCUUGAAAUGAAUUACAUGUAGCGGCGUAGAGAAUUAACCUCUACAUAAUUGAUUAAUACCUUGGUAAAAGGUCCAAUAAUCUCUACUACCUUUUGCAGCUGGAAGACCAUGAAUACAAACCUCUUGAUCCCAAGGAUAUCCGCCUUCCUCCUCCAAUGCCCCCAAGUGACAGACUUUUAGCUGCUGUUGAGGCAUUUUACAGCCCCCCCUCUCAUGACAGACCCCGAAACAGGUUGGUGUCUGGCAAUUUGCCAUGGAAUUGUUUAUAGAUGUCGUUUUUUUUCCCUUUGCAAUGCACAUCUUUAUAGGGUUUGGUCACAAGUGGAGUACUGACUAUAAUAUUGGUGCAUUAGAAGAAUUUACCCAUUGUAUCUAUUUUCAAGCCUAGCGUCACUUGUAUUUUAAAAACAUAAAAUGAUGAUGACUACUUAAAGGGAUACUAUAGUCACCAAAACAACUUUGGCUUAAUGAAGCAGUUUUUGUGUACGUCUCAUGCCUUUGCAAUCUCACUGCUUAAUUCCCUGCCAUUUAGGAGUUAAAAUCACUUUUGUUUUAGUUUAUGCACCCUAGCCACACCUCCCAUGGCUAUGACUGACACAGUCUCAAUGAAAUAAAAUGGUUUAAUUUUCAAUCAAAUGUAACUUAUUUUAGAAAAUCGUUAUCUCCUGCUCUGUAAAGUAAACUUUAUUUACAUACAGGGGGCUCCUGCAGGGUCUUGCAUUCUAUUAACAAAGAAGGAGAUAAUAUAUUCUAAAUUAAACAGCAUUGGCAGUAAAGGAAGGGUUAAACAUUAGAUGAGGCUGUGUAAGUCACAUGCAGGGAGGUGUGCUAAGAGCUGCAUAACCAAAGUUAUUUAACUCCUAAAUGACAGGGAAUUGAGCGGUGAGACUGCAGGGGCAUGAUCUGUGCAUCAAAACUGUUUCAUUAAGUUAAAGUUGUAUUGGUGACUAUGGUGUCCCUUUUAAAUUUAAAGUGGCCUGAAGAAAAUGGUCUAUGAAGUUUAUCAUUACUUUGUUUUUAACACAAAGUGACAUUAAGUACCCUUACAAUUUUAUACACCAAAAUUUUUGUUCUGAUCAAUCACCACAGUACAAUAUUUUUUUGUUUUCCAUUUUGAUUGUAACAUAAAAUAUAUAUUGAUUUAGUUUGCUGGAUUAUAUUAAAAGAGCCCAGAUUAAGUCUUUCUACUUUCUCAAUAAGAAUCUAAAUACAUGUGCUUGUUGGUUCUUUUGUUGUGUGUUCUUAAUAGAAAUAAAUACAAAAUUGAAAAUAUGCAUCUCCAAUAAAGCAUGCCUGUAUUGAUGACAUCAGUAUUGCUGAAAAAGGUUUGCACUGUACUUCUUGUUAGCUUUUCUCCAACUUGUUGCAAAAUCAUUGCUUAAUAUAGUUUAUUGGCUGUUUUUUUUUUUUGUUUUUUUUUUUCGUUUAAUAAAAUACUGCUUGUUUUAUGAGAAGUCAUUUAAUUAGUAGUCCAUUACAGCAAACUAUGUACCUAUUUUGGUAAUGUUUGUAAAGGAUGUUCCACUUUUUUUUUUUUUUUUUUUGGUCUUUCACAGUGAGGGCUGGGAGCAGAAUGGUCUGUAUGAAUUUUUCCGAGCUAAAAUGAGGGCCCGUCGGAGGAAAGGACAGGACAAAAGAAACAGGUAACAAACACCAAAGUGAAGCAAAAGGUCACAAAUUUGUUCCCUUACUGUUGGAACUCCACUAUCUGAUUUGCUUGUUCAUCAUACUAGCUCAUCUGUUAAAACUGAUGCAACCACUUUUUACCUAUUUGUGUUUUACAGUCGGCAGUCAAGAUCACAAAGCCGAUCUAAAAGUCGUGGCCAGUCUUCAUCUCGUUCCAAUUCACGAUCUUCCAAGUCAUCACGGUCCUAUUCCGGAUCUCGUUCUGGCUCCCGCUCCCGCUCCAGAUCCUACUCUAGGUCUAGAUCAAGGUAAAUUAUUAAAAAUUUUCAAAAGAAUAGCAAAAUCAAAAGGUACUCUGUAGGUACCAUUCAUUUGCAUUGGACUAUUAUAUAUUUCUAUACUUAAAUAUUUUGAUAUUGUGAUCUAUCAUAAAUAUAUUUUAUUCAUCGCAUGAGCGCUUUCUGCGUGGCUAACUCAUUGGCUGAGAGUGUCCGCUCUUUGAUUACAGCCAGUGAGGCCAAUCAGUAGCUCCCCAUUCAUAAAAAUAUAUCAUCCCCUGCCCGUUGACAUUCUGAGCUUCCUGUUACUCAGAUUCAAAAGCCAGAUGCCGCCUGCUGUACCUGGAGAUCGGCGCAGAAUGCAUCCUUUGGGGUACAAUUUAACCCCUUUAGAUAAGUGUGUGCAUGGGGACCUCCUGAUACCAUAACAAACUUCAUUUCGAUUAAGUUAUGAUGCCCAUGGUGUUCUUAUAAAAAGUUGAGUGAGGUCAUUAGCCAAAUGCAAAGGUACUUCAGUUGAGUGGGAAACUGAAGAACUGAAACCAUUUGGUUAAGAUUGGGGUAAACCAUAAACUGAAAAUUCUGUCAAAAUGGGUCAUGGAGACUCCUGUAGUGUUGUGACUACUUAUAUAAUUGCAGUCUAGGGAAGGGGGUUCAUAAUCUUCUGUCUCCUCUGAUCUGCCAUCUUCUCCAGCCUUAUCGUGAGCUUAUGGCCUGAACUUGCAUCACUGAAUGCUUGGGUAUAAAAUGAAGCUUUGUGAUAGAUCCUACAAGAUGCUGUAGAAAUCUUUUGCACUUGAGGUGAGAACAACUGCUGAUGGUAAAUAGCAAGAUGUGGUAGUGGAAGCUGCUUAAAGUUUGAUAUUUUACUAAAAAUUGUCUUGUCAUAAGUCAAAGUAUAACUUACUUUGAUUUGUAAUGACUUCUAAUUGCAUUUGGGAUAUCAAUGAAAUUAAAGUUUUUUUUUUAUUUUUUUUAUUUUUUUUUCAAAAACAUUCUACAAGAAAAAUUAAAGCAUGAUUUCGCACCACAACUUCGUCCAUUUGUUGAAUGCUCCUGGCUUGGCACUUUUCCAGGGCCGCCUUCUUAUCUGCUAGAGUCCUUCAGUCUUUGUUGAUAUAUUUGAAAACAUACUAGUCCACCAGGGGUAUAUAAAUAAUAAAUUCAUCAGAAUUCUGAUUCUUUUAUCUUUUUCAGGAGUGGAAGUCGGUCUCGCUCUUCUCGCAGCAGGUCAAGGUCAAGAUCCAGAUCUAAAUCUUUCUCACCUAGUAGGCGACCUAGAUCUAGAUCUCGCAGUGCCACUCCUCCGUAAGUAUCAAAAUUAUUGUAACUUAAACUUUUGUACUUCUAGUACUCUGUAGAUUGUAUUUGUGUCUGCAGUUAGAAGCCAUAAUAUUUUAAUACAUCUUAAAUCCUUUUGUGUACUCUUAUGUGCUGUUUUUUCAUUUAGUUUUAAUUAAAUAAACCUACUGCUGUUGGAUGAACCAUCCAUUUGUAACACCUUUAGUAACUGCUCAAUCUCUCAUUAGUUCCUCUUCAGGUUUGGGUUCUGGAUCAGGAGCACCUUUGCCCACUAUCCGUCUAGGAGAGGAGAACAAAGGCCACCAAAUGCUAGUUAAAAUGGGUAAGUUAUAUGAAUCGUUUUAACCUUUUCAGUGCCAUUAAUAUUAAGCACAGUUAUUCACAAGAAGUUAAAUUGCGGAGAGUCGACAACAAAUUGCAAAUGUUGGCCCAACGUAACCAAGCUUAAAAAAUAAAUAGCUGGGUUGUUUGUUUCUCCCAAUUAACAAUUUUUCCCUAAAUAUUGCAAGUUCUUUUUCCAUCAUUUUCAGUUCAGGGAAUGAAUCUACAUGCGUCUUCUUACAGGUCUAGUUUUGAAACGUCCCUUAUUGCACAGUUUGUUUAAAGGUUGUGUUCCAUAACAAUUAUCAUUUUAUUGCCCCACGUUGUUAGAGGGAUCUUCCAGGGUACCCUUUUUAUUGUAAAAAGUUAAGUAGAUUAACCCGUUGCUUAUCUAGAAUCCAGCGCAGAAACAGCAUCUUCUCUGCAGCCUGCUCCUCUGCUGAUGUCAUCAGGCUUGUCCAAUCCAAUGCUUCUCAUAAAGAAGCAUUGUGAACUUAAUGUGCAUGCGCUGCAAUUGCCAAAACACACCAACUAAAUGCUUCUUAUAGAGAACCUUGAAAUCUAAUGCUCCCCUCUGAGAAGCAGCAGGGAGCUUUCAACGACUUCAUGAAAUGCAUGAGAAUGUUAAAAAUGUAGUCUGACUUGGUUCUCACUGCAGAAGCACCAUCUAGUGGCUGUUUGUGUAACAGCCACUAGAGGUGUGUUUAGCCCCGCAAUCUAAACAUUGCCAAAUCUCCAAAUGGCAAUGUUUACAUUUGUGGAAGCAAAACGCUAGGGGCAGUGCACACAGACCAUUUCAUUGCUAUGAACUGGUUCGGUUGCCUGUAGUGUCCCUUUAAUUGGGAAUCUCUUUUCUCCUGCAAUUAUAAUAGCAUGCUAAAGCUUGCAGUUGCCUCCCAUGUAUGAUUUAAAGUUCAACUAACAGAAUUGUCGAUAAUAACUUCUAAAUUACACUGAAAAUUAAAUGGUUUGUUUUUCAAGGAGGCAGUGUCUGUCACAUCUAGGGGAUGUGACUAUGUUGCAAAUCCACUUCAUUCACAUAAGGUGGUUUUAGUGAUUAUUGUGUCCCUUUAACCUAAAGAUAAACAUUUUCAUAUUUAAUAAAUUCUGAGCAUUUUGUGCCCAUUUGGAAAUUUCCCAGUCCACAAACUAUGCCCAUAUACCUAUAUAAGCAGCAUAGACAGUUCAUGUCAUAUAUCAUUCAGAAACUGUACCAGUAAAUUUACAGAAUAAUGAGGCUGGCACCAAAUUGCACCAGAUUUGCUAUUCACCUCUCUAGCAACUAGCAGUACUAUUGUAAAGUUGUUUGUUGGUGACUUACUUUAAGUAGUAUGUGUUUUUUUUGUGUGUUUUUUUUUUUAGAUUUAUUACAAAUUAGGUUGCAACAGCGUAAAUUAGGAAAAUGAUAAUGGUAGAAUGCUAGCCUUUUAUUUUCUCGAUAUCUUGCUGAAGUUGGAAAUACAGAAUGAGGGAAUUUGCAAGUGUAUUCACAAAGACCUGGAGGCACCAGAACUUACUUUAAGGAACUGCUAAUUCAGAGUGUGCAUUUAUCUAAUAUUUAGACAAAGGCCUAUGUCCUCCAUGUACUAUUUUGAAUAAUUCAUAAUUUACAUCAAGUCUUUUAUAGAGCAGUUUGUUAAUUUUCAGUACUAUGAAUUGAAUACUUAAUAUAUUUUCAUGUCCCUGUUUUUCUAAACUGUGAAUUCUAAAUUGUCUUUUUUUUUUUUUUUUUCCUAAUGCAGGGUGGAGUGGCGCAGGGGGACUUGGUGCAAAUGAGCAGGGAAUCCAAGACCCUAUAAAAGGCGGAGACAUCCGUGACAAGUGGGACCAGUACAAGGGAGUAGGGGUAUCCCUGGAUGACCCUUAUGAAAAUUACCGCAGAAACAAAAGUUACUCCUUUAUCGCCCGUAUGAAAGCAAGGGAUGAGAGUGAGUGUUGAAAAGAAGAGAAGCAUCUCCCAGAUUUAUUUCAUGAUGACCAGAGACCCCGCCAAUAUAUAGAUAGAUAUCGUUGCAACCUUCCUAUAACUGACUUACCGGCUGGUAGAAUUCAGUAAACCUUUGUGGUAGCUCAGCUCAAAGGUUUUUAUAGAGGUUUCAGUUUGAUAGAAUUGAUUGACCUAAAGAGACUUGUGUUAGGAAAAUAUACAUUUGUGACUGGUUUUUCUAACUUUUUUUCUCCUUCUUUCUGAUGCAGAUUUUAAAGCAGGUGGGCCAUUUCCCCCAGGUGCAGCUCCCCCAGGCAAUAGUAAGUAUCCUGUAUUCACUUAAUCUUUAGUUUUCUAUUUCCUCAAAACUGUGUUGUCUCAGCCACGUAGUGACAGAAAUUCAUUAGCCCUCUUAUUCAGCUAAUUUCUGCUGUUCAUCCCCACCCCCAAUAUAGCUGUGGGGGCUAUAAUAAAUCUUGAUGUGACCGUCCAAACCCCCUUAAUUUCUAUUUUGCAAAAGUGCAUAUUUCAAUUAGCCUAGGUACACCAUCCACAGCUUUCAAUCAGAAAACAGGUCCUUGUUGUGUAGUCCAGUGGAACUAAACUAAACUCAGUAGGUAGGAAAUGGGCCAGAGCACCUACCUUGCACAGAUUAAUCAUUGGGAAGUCUAUAAUUGGACAGCCACAGAAAGUCUGGACAGGGUUAGAAGCAAAUGGCUUGCAAAAGCUUCCACCCAGACACUGUUUUUAGUUAACCCUCCAAUGAAAACAAAAUGCAUAAUUAAAUGCAUGCAUGUUUUCAUUGGAUGUAUAUUGGAUGAACAACAAUUCUUAUUGUUAUUUCUAUUUAUUUAGGCAGAGGAGUAUCCCUUUAAUAUGAGUUUUAGUUUAGAAUAGGUUACCUUUUCUAUUUUCUGGUAAAUAUCAAAAAAUGUUAAUCAAAUUGAAUUCCCAAUAUUUUUUUAUGGAGUCGUAACAAAGGCUAGCCAUGGAAUAGCAAUGCUCACUUUUUUUUUCUUCAUUUAUUUUAAAUGAGGAAUAUUUUGUGUCUGCAAACAUGUAUUCUGUAUUUUCCUAAUCAAACUUACAUCUAACUAAUGAUCCGUAAACCUUCCCAGGAGACCUCCAUUUAACCCCAAUGACAUAUUGAAUUUACUAAAUGAGGAAAUUUUUAAAAAUUAAUUCAAGCUCUGAUUUCCUGUGUUUGAAAUCCACAAAAAUAACUGUUUGAAUAACGUAUUUUUUUUUUUUUUUUAGUGAAACGAGAGGGACCAGAACCUCCUGCUCAGGAAUGAAACAACCCAAUACUUAAAAUCUGAACUUUUUUUGUUUUGUGUGUUUUUACCCAUCUGAUUAUUCAUGGAGCAAGGAUUAUUAGGGAGGGGAGGGAUUUUUAGGAAUUGCCAAACCCUUGAUUUCUUGAAUGUGUCUCCAUGUCAACAAUAAAAAUUUAAAAGGUAAUCAUUUCAUCUUCAGCAAGCUCUGGGAAGAUUAAUAUUCUGAAUUCAAGUAAAUUUGCUGGCCUCCUAUACAUACUCAUGCAGAAAGGAAGGUGAACUCAUGGCAAAGAUUCUACAGAUUGUUUGGGAGAAACAACCUACAAUGUGGAAAGCAGCUGUUCUUUGUAAUCUGCAGGAUUAGUUUACCAGCAAUAACUCAACCGAACCCAAGGCAGUGGAUUUCCAAGCUCCUCUACAAAACACACUUUUUUUUUAAUUUAAGCUAUAUUGAAAGACAACAAUUAGUUGAGAAGCCCUAUUUUAAAGGGUAAACUAUACAGUUCUCAUUGUUUCCAGUAAAAGCGCUGUUCUUAAUGAUUUAUAAUAUUUGGAAUCUGUGAUGUAGGUGAGAACAUUUAAGCUGUUCCGCUCGUAGCUGUAUCUGUGACUAGCUUGCAGGUUAAAAGGUUUGAUAGUACAGCUUUUGUAUGUGAGCAUCCUUCCUUUCACACAAUCUCUUUUGUAAAGUAAAGUGGUUAUCACUAUUUUUGUGUCCAUGUUUUUUUUAAAUGUAUUUAUUUUUUACUAUGCACCCAAAGGCAAUUGUUUUAUAGAAAUAAUGUGUUUAAUAUUAUUUAUUUUUAAG